UCCACAACAAAACAUGAAACGACAUUUGCAAUUUAUGUGUUUUUUUUUCUAGUCACUGUUUAUGUGCCGGCAAAUUGCAAAACUUUUCCUUUAGAUCAAAAUUUUAGACGGUAAAGUUUAUUCCUUCUUGCUGUUGUACUUGAAGAAACUAUAGUAUUAGAGCGAAAUAAGUUCAAAAUGUCCGCGUACAAUUCUAAACCUGAGCUACUAGCAAUAUAUCGCUUGGAGUUUUAUAAGAAAAUGCAAAAUUGGAAACUUAGUACAUCGCGCCCGCGCCAUGAUGAUAUGAAAUGUUCUAAGAAAAAGAAACGUGUGGAAAAGAAACCCAAUCACAACACACAUGAGGUAGAAAAGCUGGAAGAGAAUGAGGCUUCAGACCCCCUGAAUGUUGCUUUUGUCCAAACUGAACCAGAAAAUAUCCCGUCACAGCCAAACUUGCCAAGACAGUGUACCCUGGCACUGGAGUGGCAGGAACCCAUCAACAUCUGGCCGGGAGGAGCUGGCGACGCAGGAAGUACUGCCAAUUAUGACCAGCACCAAGCACCCACUCAGGGAUGUACAGAACCAACUGCUAUGGGAAGAGAGCAAGAGCUUCUUCACGACUUGGUGUUAGGACAGAACACUCGGAAUGUGGUGGAAGAGGCGAACCACAAAGGUUCAGAGGAUGGCGGCUGCACCGGUUUUGUUGCGGAUGCGGAGGCGCCGAUGCAGUGUCCUUCGACCAACGAGCUCUGGUCUGAAGUAGAAGCGGAAGCGAGACCGUCGGAAGCGAUGGCUGGCUACUGCCCAGAAGAGCGGAUGGACUGCCCACUAGAGGGCGCCCCUAAACCCUGCGCUUCACUCAAGAUUCUAGGUGCAACACCCUCGCUACGAUCGGGAGUUACUCUAAAAUCCCUCGUUACGCUUGGGAUCUAUCCCGGCUUCCUUAACGUUCGCGACACGUCGCUGGACAGCCUCAGUGACUUCUACCGCGGGGCGCACGUGGCGCCGCACUCCUCCGAGACGGACCUCUCCGCGCCUCCGUCGCUGCAAGCCCCGCCCCCGAGUGUGGCGUCUCUGUCUCGCAUGUCGACGCAGCAGUUGAAGAACACUUUGGAACACUCCUCCAAAACCCUCAAGAUACUGGAGUCGGAGUGCGAGUGGAGACAGCUGCGCGAAAGGGCAAAUUACGCGAUGGACGAUUUGGACGAGCUUCCCACCCGCGACCUCGGGCCGUCCCCCCCACCCCUCCCCAUCAGAGACCGCAUACUGGCGGGCUCGCACACGGCGUGGGGGGUGGUAGAGCCGCACGAGGUGUGGGAGGCGGGGGAUUCGCAGCUGGUGCGGGAGUCGCAAUCCGUUCGCAGUGAGGGGGAGACGCGCCAGGCGCGGUGGGUGGAAGAGCCGCAACCAGCUCGGGUGGUGAGGAAGCCGCCACUGACUCGGAGCGAGGGGGAGACACAACAGGCGCAGGAAGAAGAGGAUUUGCAUUCAGUGCUGGCGGUGGAGCCACGCCGGGGGCGAGGGGCUGCGGUGUCGUGCCCGACUUGGAGCGUGGCGGAGAUACACCAAGCGCGGGGGGUAGUGGAGCCGCAACUAGCACUGGAGGUGAAGAAGCGGCGACCGUAUUGGAGCGAGGGAGAGACACGUCAAGGGUGUGGGGUGGAGCAGCCGAAACCAGCGCAGGGGCAUAGGGAGCCGCAAAGCCGCGAGGGGAAGACACACCAGCUUCGGGGGGUGGGGGUACAGUACCCGACUUGGAGCGAGGGGGAGACACAAGGGCUAAGAGUGCCAUGCUCGGCUCUGAGCGAGGGGGAGACACACCAGGUGCAAGAGUUAGGAGUACAGUACCCGGCUUGGAGUGAGGGGGAGACACAAGGGCUAAGAGUGCCAUGCUCGGCUCUGAGCGAGGGGGAGACACACCAGGUGCAAGAGUUAGGAGUACAGUACCCGGCUUGGAGUGAGGGGGAGACACACCAGGUACGAAGAGUGGGGGAACAGUACCCGGCUUGGAGCGAGGGGAAGCCACAACAGGUGCGAAGGGUGGAGGAAUGGUACCCAGCUUGGAGAGAGGAGGUGACACAACAGGCGCGAAGCGUGGGGGAACAGUACCCAGCUUGGAGCGAGGGGAAGCCACAACAGGCGCGACGGGUGGGGGAACAGUACCCGGCUUGGAGAGAGGGGGAGACACAACAGGCGCGAAGGGUGGGGGAACAUUACCCAGCUUGUAGCGAGGGGAAGCCACAACAGGCGCGAAGCGUGGGGGAACAGUACCUAGCUUGGAGCGAGGGGAAGCCACAACAGGCGCGAAGGGUGGGGGAACAGUACCCGGCUUGGAGAGAGGGGGAGACACAACAGGCGCGAAGGGUGGAGGGACAGUACCCAGCUCGUAGCGAGGGGAAGCCACAACAGGCGCGAAGGGUGGGGGAACAGUACCCGACUUGGAGCGAGGGGGAGACACAUCAGGCGCAUGGGGUGGGGGCGACAUACCCGGCUUGGAGCGAGGGGGAGACACACCAGGUGCGAAGGGUGGGGGUACAGUACUCAGCUUGGAGCGAGGAGGAGACACACCAGGCGCGAGGGCUAUUCGAAUCGCAACCAGCACUCGUGGUUAGAGCGCGAACGUAUUGGAGGAGUGAGCGCGAGAGACACCAGGUCCCGGGGAAACUACGACAGGAUUGUAUGGACGGGGGACCGCAACCGGCUUGGAGGGUGAGCGAGAUGCAAUCGGUGCGGGUGAUGGUGAAGCAGCAUGUGAAAUGCGAGAUAGAUUGGAGGUUGGGGAAGUUCGUACCGAUGGGGGCGGGGGUACGUCAGGGGGUUGCGGGGGUGCCCCCCCAGCCACGCGGGCGCGGGAGGGGGCGCCUGCUUCGAUCUGGUGUGUUGGAGUGAUAGGAGAGUUCCAAAGACUAAUUAGUAUAGUGUUGUAAUUCCUUUCGUCUGCAAAUCAAUCCAAUUCUGCAAAAUGUCAUUAAAGACUCUACAUGAUGAAAGUUUACUAGUUUUAGAGCCAUGGCUAAGUGAAUCACGUUGAAUAAUACCAUCCAUUUCGAACAUUUUUAUUUUUCUUACCAAUGUAGUAGAAACGGACAGACAAACUUUAUUUAGUUAUUAUUUAAAACUGUCAAAGCUCAUGCCUCCAGGUGCCAGACUUAAGCAUAGUGUUCAAAGUAGAGCAGCACUAUUUAGUGUAUUUUUGAAAUAACUAUAAUUACUUAUAAUUUUGUUAUUUUUUUGAAAAAUUUAUGUUUAAACUAUAAUAUAUAUUUUAUAGAAAAAAAAACUUUAAAUCUUAUGUUAAAAAAGUAUUAAAACUAGUUCAUUAAGAUAAUAUAAGUCGCCCCACCUCUAGAACAAAACUGUUUCAACUCAAAAACCUAGCCUUUUGAGGCAACUAAUUUUCUUAUCCCAGACUCGAUUAAUACGGGAUUACUACUAAAGUUUAUGAAAAAUGUGUUGUUUUUUUAUUUAGUUGAAACAGUUCAUAUAUGUGAUUUUUGAUAAAUUAAUAUUAAAAAAAAUACUUUAUGUUGAAAUAAAAGUAUUGUUGAAGUUGAAAGUUAGCCGCCAUCUUGGUUUUUUCAAAAUCGUUGUCGCGCCUUGAAACGUUUAAGUAUAAAUCGCUGUAGAACACUCGCUCACAGAAUAUAGUAACUCAAUUCUAAAUACCGGAAUAUUACCGAAAUUUACUAUCGGUAUAAUAUCGAUAUAUUAUCGAAAAUUGCGGAACCUGCUUUCAAAUGCUGGUAAAAACACUAUAAUAAAAAAUAUUGCAAUAAGCCCAUUUUAUGUUUAAUCUACGUUCACAGAUAGACCGCGUAUCUGUUGUCAAAGAUUUAUUUACUGGAAUGUAUUGCAUCCACUUUAUUUUAAAACGAAAUAAUAAACAGAUUUCAACGUGCGACACCACUUUUGUGAAAAUUCAAGAUGGCGGCCGGAACAUCAUUCUCAUUAAGCGGAAUUUACAUUACCCAAUUAUUUUCACAACAUUUAUUUCAUUACCUAUGAAUUGCAUGUGUAAAAGUCUCGUAUUCCGUAAUGCGUGCAUUACGAAACCGCAAUUUACACAUUUAAUUGUUAAUGUAGGUAAUUAAUGUCUUGAAACUAAUUUCGUAAUGUAAAUUCCGCUUUACUUUUCGGACUCUAAAUGAAAAUUCCUAUAAUGAUUGUGGAAACUUAGGAACUAUCUAAGUCAUUAUCCACAUGAUUACAAUUGUUUUUGAAGUGUUUGAUUGAAGUUUAAUUAUUUUGGAACUUGUUUUGUUUUGCUGAUUGCUAGUACUGGAACUAAGUAUUAUGUAUAUCGAUCUCUAUUAAUACCCACCUACAUUCUUAUGUUUAUAUUUUGUCCACGGAGAGAAGUUAGGACUUUCUCUGUUACGUAUAACUAUGAGAUGAAAAACCUGUCAGCAGUUACUUAAUCCCAUUAAAAUGACUAAGACAUAAAAUUCGGUGGGCGUUAACCAUUUUGAGUGAUCAACCAAUCGCAAACAAACUUAUGGUUUUCGAAUUGAAUUUGAAUGUUUUUUUUUUUAAAGAGUAGUACUGAAAACAUAGAUUCGUUUGUGAUUGGUUGGUUACUCCAAAUGGUAAACGCCCACUGACUUUUUUGUCUUUGUUAUUUGUAAGGGAAUACAUUACAGAGAGAGAGAGAGAACCAUAUACUAACUCCUUUCCGUCUUAGAGUCCGUAGAGAUUAGAGAUUAAUAGUAAAAGUGAAAUUAUAUUUAUGGAAGGAAGUACCUGUUUUAGUUAUUUUUUUUUUUUUUGAUAGUUUAUGGAAAAUUGUUUA